AUGAUCCCCCUCAUCAUCGCGAUCAUCGGCGUGCUGAUCGUGCCCGCACAGGCCGAAAUCCGCGGUCUCGCCCCUGAUGUCGCCACCUUCUACAAAGUCGGCAAAGAAUUCGCGUGCCUGGACGGCAGCCUGAAGAUCCCGUUCACUCAGGUCAACGACGACUACUGUGAUUGCCCAGAUGGGAGCGAUGAGCCGGGAACUUCCGCUUGCCCGAACGGCCGCUUCUACUGCCAGAACGGCGGGCACAAGCCGCUCCACAUUUUCGCUUCACCUAUUCAUUUUCUUUCCGAUUGCUGCGACGGUUCCGACGAAUGGGGAAGCAACGUGAAGUGCUCGAACAUCUGCAACGAACUCGGGCGUGCGGCCAGGGAGGAGGCGGAGCGAAGGGCCGAAAUCGCGCGCAAGGGCUGGGCCGUCCGGUCGGAGAUGGCUCGGCAAGGCCAGGAUCUGAAGACGGAAAGCGAGGUGAAGGUGGAGCCGCUGCGUGCGGAGCGCGAGCAGCUGGUGCCCAGCCGCGACGAGCUCGAGAAAAAGAAAAAGGAGGCCGAGGACCUGGAGCGCAGCGCCAAGGACGAUUUCAGGAAGAAGUGGGAAGAUGAGAAAAAUGUGAAGAAGCGCGCACGCUCGGACCAGGUGUUCGACCAGUUGGACCUGAACCAGGAUGGAAAGCUCACUCGCGACGACAUUGCCAAGAACGCGCUUUUCGACACGAAUGGGGAUGGUAUUGUCGAUGAGGAGGAGAUCAAGGUUUAUCUGACAACCGAGGAAGUGGACAAGGAGCAAUUCUUCACCCAGACCUACGAUUUGGUCAAGAUUCAGAUGCGAAAUCAGGCGGACCAUCAAAAGGAGGAGAAGCAAGCUCCGGAAGAAUUGGCGCACGAGGAUGACCUCGACGACUUGGAGCCGGAAGAGGAGAAGCACGACGACCAUCACGACCACCACGACGAGGACGACCUGCCGAUGCCCGAGUACACCGACGAGAUCAAGGCGCUGAUUGCUGCAUACGAGAAAGCGCGCGACGACUGGCAAGAGGUCAACACGAAGGUGUCCGACUUGGAUCGGCAAAUAAAUGAUGCCGAGUCGUUCCUGCAACAGGAUUUCGGGCCGGAUCAAGCCUGGGCCUCGCUCAAAGGAAAGUGCUUCGACCUCGACGAGGGCCAGUACACCUACAAGAUGUGCCCGUUCGACAAGACGGUGCAAAAGGAUCGCCACGGGCACUCGGAGACGAGAUUGGGCGAAUUCACCGGCUGGACGGGCAAGGAGCCGCGCAAAUACUCGGAACAAAUGUACGAAAAGGGCCAACAGUGCUGGAAUGGGCCGCAGCGAAGCACAAAGGUAAUCAUCGAGUGCGGCGAGACCGAGCAGCUCGUUGAGGCGACCGAGCCGGCCAAGUGCGAGUACCAGUUCCGCUUCCUCACCCCGGCCGCCUGCAACAAUCCCGACCAAAAGGACCCGCCGCAUGAGGAGCUC